AUGGCUGAAGACAAGGUGACCUGGGCGUCCCUCCCGGGCAAAGAUCAGCUGUUGAUUCUCUUCCUAGUGCGCUUCUGCGAGCCCAUCGUCAAAGUCUCAAUCUCGUCGUAUGUCUAUUUCCAGCUGCAAUGGCUGGACCCUUCCCUGCCGAGCGCAAAGGUUGUUCAGCAGGUGACGCUGCUGCAGGCCGCCUAUACCGUGGCGCAGGGUUUGGCAAGCAUGUUUUUGGGGAAUGUAGCGGACUCGCCGAGGGGCGGGAGAAAACUUGUGGUUGUGCUGAGUUUGCUUGGAUCUUUUGUCGCCUGUUCUCUUUUUGGUUUUGUGACGAACUUCCAACAGGCCCUUGUCCUCCGCUUCAUUGAAGGCCUCACCAAUGGCACCGUCGCCAUGGUCCGCACCAUGACGUCCGAGGUUGUAAAGGAGAAAAAGUUCCAAGCUCGAGCCUUUGUUCUGCUCAAUGUCAGCACCGGCUUCGCCAUCAUCCUUAGCGCCCUCGUCGCCGCCGUCACCGUCGAGCUGACCCCUAAAGCUCAUAGGGGCGCUGGGCUGCUGGCUAGAUAUCCGUACGCGCUACCGGCGCUUCUCAACGCUGGGUUCCUCAUGAUUGUGCUGUUGACGACGAUUUUGUUUCUCAAAGAAACAUCCAAGCUCGUCCGCAACAGAUACGACCCGGGUAUUGCCUUGUCCCGCUAUCUCAUGUCUAAGCUGGGGCUUGUCCGGGGCGACAGCAAGGAAUUAGGAUACAACCCUGUCCACUCAGGCGAAGAAGAAAUGGCCUUCCUACCCGAAUCACCGACGACCCUAACAGAGCCCAAAAUCCCUUCAAGGCUGCCUACAACCCGCAUGUUUACCAAAAAUAUGUUUAUAACCCUCCUGGCCUGCUUCAUCUGCGAUACUCACCUGACAGUUGCGAGCGUCUCCUUCCCUAAUCUGUUAGUAACUCCGGUUUCGACAGCUGAGGAAGAGUCUCGCCGGGAGCUGCCCUUCUUUUUCGGUGGCGGCGCCGGCUUCACUCCACUACCUCUGGCCGUGUACACCGUCAUGUAUGGCGUUUUCUCCAUCCCGCUGCAGUUGUUCCUCUACCCACGGCUUACGCAGCGCCUCGGAGCCCUGCACGUCUGGCGGAUCUUUUACCUCGCCUUCCCACUGCUCUACUACGCGUACCCCUUCGCGGCGCUGGUGCCGUCGUCCACCCCGCCCCCGGCCGGCAAAACCGGUGUGCCGAUCUGGUUGGUGAUAAUUGCGUUGCAGAUGCUGACCGCGCUGAUGACGAGCACCGUAACUCCGAGCCAAACGGUGCUGAUCAACUCGGCGUGUCCGCACCCGAGUGCGCUGGCGCGCACGCACAGCUUCGCUUUCGUCCUCAGCACUGCCACCCGGGCCUGCAGCACGGCGCUGGGCGGUGCGCUUCUGGGGUACAGCGCCUCGCACAACGUGACUGGCCUGGUGUUCUGGAUCUGCGCGGCGCUGGCGGCGCUAGGAGCCUGCCUGAAUCCGUUCCUGAAGGAGGGGUCGGGCCAUGAGAUACGCCUGCCCGGGGAUGAUUAG